UGCCGGGGUGGGGCCGUCCUUCCGCGGCAGCGGCCGCCGCCUGGUCCCCGAGAUGCGAGCCCCGGCAGCCGCGCCGCCACCGCUCCCGGCCCGGGCGGGCUCCCCUCGCGGGCGCGCCUGAGCCUCCCGCCCCCGGCCAGGGCCAAAGACGAUGAUUCCGCCAGGGGAGUGCAUGUACGCUGGAAGGAAAAGAAGGAAGCCCAUUCAGAAACAGAGGCCCGCCGUGGGGGCCGAGAAGUCAAACCCUUCCAAGCGGCACCGGGACCGCCUCAACGCUGAGCUGGACCACCUGGCCAGCCUGCUGCCCUUUCCACCCGACAUCAUCUCUAAGCUGGACAAGCUUUCGGUCCUGCGCCUCAGCGUCAGCUACCUCAGGGUGAAGAGCUUCUUCCAAGCCCUGCAGGAGAAGUGCCCGUGGCAGCCGGCGGCUGGUGCCCCCUUGCCAGGAGACGGCGGUCUGCACGAAGGGUCCUCGGUGCUGGAGGGACGGCUGCUGCUGGAGUCCCUCCAUGGCUUCGCUCUGGUCGUGAGCGCGGAAGGCAUGAUAUUCUACGCAUCAGCAACCAUCAUGGACUAUCUGGGCUUCCACCAGACGGAUGUGAUGCACCAAAACAUCUACGACUACAUCCACGUGGAUGACCGUCAGGACUUCUGCCGGCAGCUGCACUGGGCCAUGGACCCUCCCCAGGUGGUGUGUGGGCAGCCGCUGCGCUCGGAGACAGGAGAGGACGCCGUCCUGGGAAGGCUGCUCAGGGCCCAGGAGGGGGGUGCGGGUUCGCCCACGGAGUACUCGGCCUUCCUGACCCGCUGCUUCGUCUGCCGCGUGCGCUGCCUGCUGGACAGCACCUCGGGCUUCCUGACGAUGCAGUUUCAAGGAAAACUGCAAUUCCUGUUUGGACAGAAAAGGAAGGCACCCUCGGGGACCGUCCUGCCCCCACGACUCUCCCUCUUCUGCAUCGUGGUACCUGUGCUCCUGCCUUCCGUGGCAGAGAUGAAAAUGAAGAGUGCAUUUUUGAGGGCGAAGCACAGGGUGGACAUCUCAGCAACAAUGGACACAAAGGCAAAAACUACCACCAGUCUGUGUGAAUCAGAAUUGCACGGAAAACCCAGUUACUUAGCAGGAAGGAGCAAUGGGGAAAACAGCAUUUCGGUGUUCAGGACACAGACCGAUGCUGGCCACUGGGCCCGGGUUCCAGCCAGGGCCUCAUGCCUGUGCCUCAGGGGUGGCUCUGACCUCAUCUUUGACCCUGAGGGAGCCGCAGGGGACAGGGGAGCAGAGGAGCUCGGGAGGGUGUCCAGUGGCUCCUCCAGCACGAGGGGGCAGAAGGAAAUACAUAGUUACAACUGCCACUUGGAGACCUCCGCACCCGGGAAGCACCUGAAUUGGACAACAGGGAAACACGGUCAGGAUGGCACCCAGCUGAAGCUGGAACCCAGCAAGCGUGAUCUGUUCUCCGUGCGUGCUGUGCCUCACGGUUCCUGCAUGCCCUACCUGGGCGUCCAGGGCACCCUCCAUGCCAGUGGCGUCACUGCUUUCAGGAAUUCACCCAGCUCUCACCCAGCGAACCAUUCCCCCAGUGCAUACGGCAGCCGGACAAGCAGAGCCUUGCGGGACCGCGGUCAGGGCCAGGGGCACCCUCCCACCAGCUGCCCCUUCCCCCAGGGGAGCCUGGAGAAUGGGCUCCCUCAGCCCGCAGCACAGCAUCUUGCAGUGGGGGGCUAUUCUACCGAGGAUGCCAAGUUGCGAGGUGUGCCGAUGCCCCCAGGAGCCCUGUGCAACACCAUGUUGUCACUUGAUGUGCCCAUCAAGAUGGAGAGUGACUCUGGGUCCGAGGAUACAGCAGAUGGCUACUCUGUGUCCCCAGGCCGCAUGUGGCUGGGAGCCAGUGAGGUGGCCAAGAGACAGCUGGUCACUUUCCCUACCAGGAUGCACCUGAAGUCAGAGCCAGACCCCAGGCACCACUGCUACACCCCGCAUAUGGGGCAUGGCCUGCUGGGGGCUCACCCCAGACCCGGCAGGGAACUGGCCCCGUUCCACCCCACACAGUGUGCCUGCCUGGAGCACAUGCAUGGUCUUCCCGAGCCGGAGCCCCCGCCCGGCCUCUGUGCGCGGGGCCCCCUGCCCCCGACUCUGGGCUGUGACUGCAGAGCUCCUGGAGCUGCACCCGUCGUCAAGCGUGAGCCCCUGGACUCGCCCUCAUGGGGUCCUCACAGCCAGGGUGGGGUGCCCGGGGUGUUCCCCAAGAGUGGCUUGGCAACACUGAUGCCGCCCAAGGCCUCUGAGUGCACUUUCCUGCCAUAGAAGGGGCAUUUCUAAAAACUGGCGUCUGUCCGCGCUCAGAUUUACCCCUCAGCCGGGGCGGGGUGCAGGCCAGAGCCUCUCUUAAGCAACACUCUGCAGAGUUGCACAAGUCCAGUCCCAUUACAUCUGGAGCAAUGCAACAGUGUAUUCUGUAUUUUGUAAAAUAUCAUGGAAGUUCUUAAAUGCAAAGUGGUUUUAAGUCUGUUCAAGUAGGAUAGUAUUUCUCUUCGAGGAAUUAAAAUUUUUCUGAAAGCAGCCAAAGUGAGACAUGUUGGCCUGGUGGGCAGGACUCCAUGCUCCAAGAGGUGGCAGUGAGUGCAGGCUGACCAGCAAUCAUGUCUGCCGUGUGGUUUCCAGGGGCCCCACACCCACCUCCCAGCUUCCCUGCCUGGCUGUGAAGGGAGAUCGACGCCUGCAUGGAGUGGAUUUCAGAGAGCAGUCACACCCUUGGUAUUCCACUGCCCAGACAAUAAAUUAGGAACAUAACUCACUGAGCUACAGGUGACCAUGUGCCCAUCCAUGGAGGGAAUCUAGAAAGUUCCAGGCAGGAGAGGUGUCAGCGCCAGGUCCUGCACUCACUACAGUAUGCAACAUGUGCUCUACGACUCCACAGCGGAGUUUGAGGCCAUACUUGGAGUGGAAACUGACAGGAUAAUAUCCUGUUCCUUCUGGAAGUUUCUCUGGUGUUUGUAAUGGGCCUCUGAAGAUGGUUUAUGCUAAUCUGUCUCAGCACAUCAUGUGACUUGGAGUUUACAGAGUCUGGGUUUGGAAGUGCAGUCACACGCUGCAUAGCAACGUUUCAGUCAAUGAGGGACUGUCUAUGACGGUGGUCCAGGAAGAUUAGUCCCACGGCGCCUAGGUGUGUAGUAGGCUGGACCGCCUAGGUUUGUGUAUGUCACUCUAUGAUUUUCACACAACGAUGAAAUCGUAUAACCAUGCAUUUCUCAGAACAUCUCUGUGUUGUUAAGUGACCCAUGGCGUAUAGAAAAGUACAAAACGUGGAGAAAAGAAAUAGGAAGCGGACUUGUCUUGCUCUCUUGUUGACUGUCUACAGUUUUUCAAAUGAGGAUUCCAAUCGCCGUCUCAGGAAGAAUUAUUAGAGACAGGGCAGACAGGUGAUGUUUUUAAACAAAGUUGUAAAGGUAACUACCUUCUGGUGUAGGAAAUUUAGAUACAAGAGCAUAAAUCAUAAAGCAGAGGGGCCGGCCCCAUGGCCGAGUGGUAAAGUUCGCGCGCUCCGCUUUGGCGGCCCAGGGUUUCGCCGGUUUGAAUCCUGGGUGCAGACCUAGCACCACUGAUCAG